AUGUUAAGCAACAAUUAUACCGAUUGGAUUGAAAAAUCAAUUUCAAAAGGAUACAUUAAUAAGUUUAACUAUUCCGAUUUUAACGAUAGACAACCAGUAGGAGGUGGAAAUUUUGGAAAAGUCUAUCGUGCUAAUUGGAAAAAGUCCGACACCCUUUUGGCCUUAAAAUCGUUUGAUAAUAACAAGUUAACUCUUAAAGAAGUUGUUAAUGAGAUAAAAUUACAUAAACAAGUUGAUUUUCAUCCAAAUAUUCUGCGAUUCCACGGUAUCACGAAAGAGUCUGAGCAAAUUCAUCAAAUGAAAUACUUAUUAGUUUUAGAGUAUGCGGAUGGUGGUACGUUAAAAAGUUAUUUAAAUACGCAUUUUAAUGGACUUGGUUGGUACGAUAAAUAUCAAUUAGCAUUUCAACUAACAAGUGCUGUAGAAUGUAUGCAUGAAUGUGGUAUUAUUCAUCGUGAUCUGCAUGCAAAUAAUGUACUUAUACAUAACAAACAGAUUAAAUUAGCAGAUUUUGGAUUAUCAAGAAAAAUUGCAGAAGAAUCGAACAGUAGUUGCAAUACUGUAUUUGGAGUAGUACCAUAUAUUGAUCCAAAAUGUUUCAAUGAUCGAAAUCAUAAAUUAAAUAAGAAAUCUGAUAUAUACAGUAUUGGAGUACUUAUGUGGCAAAUCUCAAGUGGACGUGAACCAUUUUGUACUGAAGAUUAUGAUAUAAAAUUAGCCUUAGAUAUAUUAAGGGGAAAAAGAGAAAAACCUAUUGAUGGUACUCCCAUGGAGUACAUUAAUUUAUAUAAAGAAUGUUGGAAAUUUGAAGAAAAUGAGCGUCCAGAUAUAAAACAAGUUGUUUCAACACUUAAAGAAAUAAUAUUUUCUAAUAGUAAUAAUGAAAAAGAAGAAAUUUAUUUAACUGCAGAAGACAUAUCUAAUUUUGAAUUAAGUAAAACAAGUAUAAAUUCUAUAACGGAUGAAAAUGAUGAUUUAAUAAUAGAAAAUAUACCAAGUAUUAUCAAUUCUAAAAGUAAUGUUAAUUCUCAAGAUAAUUUUUUAAAUGAAUCUGAGGGAAUAGCUCAACCUAAUUAUUGUCACAGUUAUGAAACUAAAGUUAUUAAUAAGUGUGUGACUCAAAAUAAUUCAUAUAAAAAUUGUGAAAGUAUAGAUAGUGAGGUUAAAGAAAUUUCUAAUAAAGCAGAAUUGAUACCGUGCAAAAAAUUAGCUGGUAAAGGAUAUCUAGGUGCUAAAUUUAAUUUUCGAUUUGGAUUUAUAUUCUCUACUGUGUGUAACUCAUUCUAUAUUAAGGAUGAUGAUAAUAGAAUAUUUUCAGGAUGUCAGCAGAAGUUUGAAGAAAAUUAUCUAAAAAUACAAGUUUUUCCAAUACUUAAUAAAGAAAUGAUAUUUCCUGAAAAACUUAAUAAUGUAAAAGAAAAAAGUUAUUUAACUGUAGGAGGAAAACCAAAUUUAGAAUUAAGAAAAAAACAAAGUAUAAAUGCUUUAAAUUUCAAUGUUAUUGUUCCUGAAAAUAAUGACAAUUCAACUUUACACAACCAUUCAGUAUAUUUUAAUGUAUUAAAUAUUUUAUUAGAGGAAAGCACUCAACUUGAUAUUAAUGAAAAUAAAGAAAAUAAGAUUGCUCAAAUCAAUCCUAAUAAUUUAAAUAAAAAUUGUGGAUAUAUGGAAAAUGAGUUUAAAGAAGUCCCUUCUUUGUUUAAUAUGGCAGUAAAAUAUUGCGAUAAGAAAUUAUAUGUUAAAGCAUUUAAGUUGUGUAAAAAAUUAGCUGGUAAAGGAUAUUUAGAUGCUCAAUUUCAGCUUGGAUUGUUUUACGAUCAUGGAUUUGAUGAAAUUGAUAAAAAAAAAGCAUUUGAAUUUUAUACAAUAGCAGCUGAAAAAAAUCAUGAUAGAGCUCAAAAUAAUCUUGGUAAUUUAUAUGAAAAUGGUGAAGGUGUAGAAAAAGAUUUUAAUAAAGCAUUUUAUUGGUUUAAAAAAGCAGCAGAAAAUGGGAAUGAAGUUGCAAUAUAUAAUUUAGGUAAAUGUUAUGAAUUAGGAAUUGGUGUUGAUAAAAACUUAGUUAAAGCUUUUGAAUUAUAUAAAAAAUCUGCGGAAAAAGGAGAUUUAGAUGCAAUGUUUCAAUUAGGUUAUUUUUAUAUAAAUGGAUUUGGAACUAAAAUUAGAAAGAAAAAGGGAUUUAAAUUGUAUAAUAAAGCAGCUGGAAGAGAUUUAAAAUUUAAUAUUUUAACACAAUAUGAAAAUGAUGAAAAAAUAAUAAAUGAUUUAGAUAAAGUUAAUUAUUGGUAUCAUAAAGCAGCAGAAGAUGAUAAUGAAGUAGCAUUAUAUAAAUUAGGUGAAUUUUAUGAAUUAGGAAAAGGUGUUUGUAAAAAUAAAGUUAGAGCAUUCACAUUUUAUAAACAAGCAGCUGAAAAAGGUUAUAAGAAAGGAAGAUAUAAACUAGGAUAUUGUUAUGAAAAAGGAAUAGGAACAUAUAUUGAUUUAGAGAAAGCAGAUAAAAUAAUAGCAAAAGAAGAAAAUAUUGAUGUACUGGAAAAACUUGAAAUAUAUGAUAAUCAGAAGCCAAGUAUAGGAAAAUUUAAAAUGGCUAUUAAUUGGUAUAUAAAAGCAACAAAUAUAUUAAGUACAAUAUGGUAGUAAAGAUUUAUUCACCGUUUCCUUGCAGUGAAUAUUAUCAUCUCACUUAUAAAAAUUAUCUAAAGUGCCAGCCAUUUCAUUACGUGACUGGUAACAAAUCCAGGUGGGAAAACAGAUUUUAAAAAAUCAAAUUCUCAAUAGAAAAAUGAG